AGAGAUAAUAUCCGGUUAGAUAGAUCUACUGGUGGGUCUCUAGGUCCGGUAAAAAAAAAUUACCAUGUUUACGGGGACGAAAUCCCCGUUUGUUUUACCAUAAAGCCCCUGCCAGGUCGUCAGAAAUCGCGCGACCGCCCAGGCGAACCCAAAAGACCCAGGCAAUCCUCCGCAUCCUCGCCUUCCUCGCAAUGGCGGCGCCUCCUCUUCAACCCGUGUUAGCCCCCGCAGCCGCCAACGGCUGUGACGCGUUCCAGCUGGGAUUCAUCGGCGCGGGCAACUUGGCCGAGAGCAUCGCCCGCGGCGUUGCGGCGUCGGGCGUCCUCCCGGCCUCCGCCAUCCGCACGGCGCCCCACCGCCGCCCCGAGCGCGGCGUGGCCUUCGCCUCCAUCGGCGCCUGCUUGCUCGACACCAAUGCCCAGGUGGUCGACGACAGUGAUGUGAUCGUCAUCUCCGUGAAGCCUCAGAUUGUAAAGCAGGUUCUACUUGAGCUGAAGCCCUUGUUGUCAGAAGAAAAGCUUUUAGUGUCCAUAGCUGCUGGCAUCAAAAUGAAAGAUUUACAGGAUUGGUCUGGUCAACGACGAAUUAUUAGAGUAAUGCCCAACACCCCUUCAGCUGUUGGGCAAGCAGCAUCAGUGAUGUGUUUGGGGGAGAUGGCUACUCAGGGUGAUGAAGACCGUGUAAGAAGUUUAUUCAGUGCCAUUGGAAAAGUUUGGACAGCUGAAGAGAAAUAUUUUGAUGCUGUUACUGGCUUGAGUGGUAGUGGCCCAGCCUACAUUUUCUUAGCAAUAGAGGCCAUGGCUGAUGGUGGAGUUGCUGCUGGACUACCUCGGGACCUUGCUCUUGCUCUUGCAUCUCAGACAGUUCUUGGCGCUGCAACCAUGGUGAGCCAGACGGGAAAACAUCCAGGUCAACUGAAGGAUCAGGUCACUUCUCCAGCAGGAACUACCAUAGCCGGGAUUCAGGAGCUUGAGAAGGGUGCAUUUCGUGGAACCCUGAUAAAUGCUGUUGUUGCUGCCGCAAAGCGAUGCCGGGAACUAUCAUAGAGUUAGGUCGAUAUUUAUUCUGGCGGAAUUUUGUCGAUGUUGAAUUUUGUUAAUAUAUGUGUUAGAUGGCAAGGUGCGAAUUGUCUGGAAUAUUGGGAUAAUAACUUCGUGACAGCUUUAGAGCGGCAAGA